AUGAGCUCGUCUGGAGGCCCGUCGGGACCGUCAACGUCAACGCCUGGCGGUUCAGGCCAGGCGUCCGAGCAGCAGCCGGUAGCUGGCCCGAGCAACACGGCUCUCGUUCCUGCUGACCCUGCUGCUCCGGACGUUCAGCCGAUGGAGAUGAUUGGUCGGCCCACAAACGCCAAGUACGGCACGUUGGGCCGGCCGGUGAAGGUUCUGGUGAAUUUCUUCAAGGUGGAUCUGCGAAUCCCCUCCUCGCCUCUUGUCCAAUACGAUGUGCGCUUCUCCAAGGACGUGCGCAGCAUGGUGGUGCGGAGGGCAAUGAUGAGGGCCAUGUACGAGCAGCACCCGGCGGCCUUCCCCCAGGACACUCUCCCCCUGCUGGCAUACGACGGCCAGAGCUCCCUCUUUGCCCUGCGUCCGCUCAAGAUCCAGUCGCCCCAGGCGUUCUUCAUCAGGAUUAUGGACGAGCGACCCCCACCAGCAGCGCGAGGCGAUGACGGGGAGGCGGCGCUGAAGAGGCCGCGCAAGGAAGAUUCGAGGCCGCCGCGAAUCAAGGAUGAGCUGGAAAUCACUCUCACAAAGGUGGCAGAGGUGAAUCUCGCGGACAUCAAGGCCGUUAUCACCCCAACAGCCACCUCUGCUCCUGUCUCUGCCCCGGACGCUUUCCGCGCUCUGGACGUCAAGCUGCGCGACUAUGCUGCCCAACGCUUCCUCCUGGUGAAAGACAAGUUCUUCGACCGCAACUUUGGCCGGGUGGCCCCACUCCCGGGUGGCAUCGAGGCAUGGACGGGCUUCAACGUGAGCUUCCGCCCCAUCCACAACGCGCUGGCGCUCAACCUGGAUGUCGUGACAGCAUGCAUGGUGCAGCCCAUCCCUGUGUUGGACCUGCUCGGGUCCCUCCUCAACCGCAACCCGCCUGACCGCCUUUCUGAUGCGGACAGAAUCCGGCUGAAGGGAAUCCUCAGGAACCUGCGGGUGGAGGGAAGGCCUAGCGGGCAGAAGCACAAGGUGUAUGACCUCACACGCGAGGGGGCUGCUGACCUCAGGUUCAACAACCGGCGCAGCAACGAUGAGAGCCAGAGCGUGGCGGAGUACUACGAGCGGCAGCACGGCAUCACCCUGCGCUUCCCUCUCCUGCCCUGCAUCUCCGCCUCCAACCGGCCGAACAGGCCCUGCUGGGUGCCGCUGGAGCUCUGCAGCGUGGUGGAUGCACAGAGGUACCUGCGCCAGCUCACACCGCAGCAGGUGGCAGCGAUUGGCAAUCUGCGCCUCAAACCCGACAAGCGUCGCGUCGACAUUGCCAAUGCGGUGGGAGCAGCGGGUCUGGCAAACAACCCGAUGCUGGAGGCCUUUGGAAUGCGCAUCCAGCCCAACAUGAUACAAGCCGAUGGCCGCCAGCUAGAGCCUCCCGUUCUGCAGUUUGGCAACAAGGGCUCCAUGCAGCCUCGGGACGGGCAGUGGAACAUGAACGACAAGCGCAUGUUUUCACCCGCCAGCAUCGCGUCGUGGGCGGUCGUGUGCUUCGACCACCGUGUGAGGGACCCCAUGCAGGUGGCGACUGCCCUCAAGGACUGCUGUGCGCGCAAGGGACUGGUGAUCGAGAGCCGGCCAGAGGUGAUUGUGGAGGACACGUGGCGAGAGGCGCCUGAGAAGCUGGUGGAGAGUGGCCACGAUUUUUUCUCUGGAUCCUGGAAGUCCGGAAGACGAGCCCGCAGUAUUGUAGGUGGGGUGGGGGUUGCCAGUUGUUGUGCUCUCCUCCCUCCCCACCUCACCUCCCCCGCACCUCCUCCUCGCCUCCCCCUCACCUCCCCCUCACCUCCCCCUCACGGAUGCAGUGCAUUGGUGGCCAAGGCCUCUAACGAUCAGGCUCCAAUGAUCAGUACCCCUUUCCACCCCUUCCUACCCCUCUCUACUGCUCUCUACCGUGUGAAAUCCCCCUUCGCCCCCCAUGCAGCGCCCAUCAAGAAGCUGUGCGACACAAUGAGGGGCGUGAACUGGGUGCUGACAAACAGGCGCGCCAUGCGUCCCCUCAGUGAGAUGCCCACCAUGGUAUUCGGCCUCGACGUCUCCCACGGCGCUCCGGGCAGCCGCGCUCCCUCCAUCGCUGCUGUGGUUGCAUCCAUGGAUCCCGACGCCAGCAAGUACGCGGUGCGGAGGCGUGCACAGCACAGGAGGCAGGAGACCAUUCUCGGCCUCUUCGAUUCAGAGAGUGCCACUGGCGGCAUGCUCUGUGAGCUGAUGAACGAUUUCGGCAACGCCAACAAGAUGGGUCCCCAGCGCAUCAUCGUGUUCCGGGACGGCAUCAGCGAGUCGCAGUUUCCAACAGUGGGGGCAACAGAGCUACAGGCAUUCCGCAAGGCGUUCGAGCUGAUGGGCAGGAAGGUGGGCAACCCCUCCUUCCGCCCCACCAUCACCUACAUCGUGGCGCAGAAGCGCAACAACGUGCGCUUCCUGCCCUCCCAGGGCGACCGCAACGUGCAGCCGGGGACCAUCGUGGAUAAGGAUGUCACUCACCCUUUCUUCUUCGACUUCUACAUGGUCUCACACAAGGGGCUGCUGGGCACGAGCAGGCCAGUGCACUACCACGUGCUGCACGAUGAGAAUGGAUUCACAGCAGACGAGAUUCAGCAACUCACGCACUCCCUCUGCUACAACUACGGGAGGUGCACUCGAGCCGUCUCUACAGUGGCGCCUGUGUUCUACGCGCACCUGGCAGCGACGCACUGCCGCAACCAUUUUGACCACGAUCACGAUCACGAUGCCACCGACUUCUCCUCCGAGUCAAGUGCCGGCCGCAACAGGGACCCUGCCGUCCCUCGCCCUCCCCCUCCUCCUGUGCCUGAGCUGCCUGCUCUCGCACAGGGCAUGCCCACACGCAUCUGCCUGCUCUCGCUCAGUGCAUGCCCACAUGCAUGUUCUACUGCUGAGUUCGAGACGUCUCAAGACGCCGCCGCCCCUCUCCCUUCCCCUCCUGCCCCUGAGCCGCCUAAUCUCGCUCACUGCAUCCCCACAUGCAUUUUCUUCGCUGGGUUUGAAGACGUGUAA